AUGUUGCUGAGACUGCUGUACUUCUGCCUCUCAUUGGCACUCGUUACCUUCCCUUUUGCUCUCGCAAACGAACACGCAAAGUGCUACUGCGUGUUGAACAAUGCCUCCCACAAGAGCCUGACUGACAAGGCAUGCGAAAUCUAUCGGACGACAAUGAAAAUCUUUGAAAAGGACAGUCCGGAAAGCGUCAAUACCACAAUGCUGUGGCAUGUUUGUGCGACAAUUGCACCGAAGGAUGGGGGCCGGAUGCGAUACGUCUCUGGGUUUGGCGGCAAGGAAUUCAAGAACGCGUGCAUACAGGCCAAGACCACCGGAGUCCUCCAGGACGCCAGCGGGGGGGAAGUAGGAUCAAAAUGCAGCAACUAG